CCCGCCUCCAUCCGCAGGUACCCUACCGACAUCAGGAGUACUCAGCCGGCUCCUGCCACACUGCCUGGGAUUACAACACACCGGCAACACUGUCAGCAAGCCGAAUUGCUGGGCCGUAGAUGGCCCAUUGCUGGACUCAGGCGCGCAACCUAUCAGCACCAGCACCAUGUCGCAGUCGCUCCGUCCGUACCUCCAGGCUGUCCGCAGCAGUUUGACGGCUGCUCUCUGUCUCUCCAACUUUGCGUCGCAAACAGCGGAGCGGCACAAUGUUCCCGAGGUCGAGGCGCGGACAUCGCCCGAGGUGCUGCUGACGCCGCUGACCAUUGCGCGGAACGAGAACGAGCGCGUGCUCAUCGAGCCCAGCAUCAACAGCGUACGCAUCAGCAUAAAGAUCAAGCAGGCCGACGAGAUCGAGCACAUCUUGGUCCACAAGUUCACCCGCUUCCUGACCCAGCGCGCUGAGUCCUUCUUCAUCCUUCGGAGGAAGCCCAUCAAGGGAUACGAUAUCUCCUUCCUUAUCACGAACUUCCAUACCGAGGAGAUGCUGAAGCACAAGCUGGUUGACUUCAUUAUUCAGUUUAUGGAAGAGGUGGAUAAGGAGAUUUCGGAGAUGAAGUUAUUCUUGAAUGCGCGGGCGCGUUUUGUAGCGGAGUCCUUCUUGACACCGUUCGAUUGAGAGAAACGGCGCUCAGGCUGUCAAUGAGAACACGAUUUAUACCAUGAGCUUUGAGUCGUGUCGAACGUUGACCUCGAGGACGUAGUCUUGGUUCUCAAUCAUCGCGGUCUGUGGUUCUGGCGAAGGGUAUCCUGCCCGGGAUCAGAACAUGACCGGGACAAUCCGCGCUUGACGUUCACGGUGGCAUGCUUGGGGAGGCCAUCCCGGCAUCUUGCCCAUACCCAUGCUUGUCCACGAUAAAACUCAAGUUCUGGCUACUGGAUGGGCUGAUGAUCACUACACCGGCAUACUAACAUCCCCCAGGUAGGGUCCAGGCGACCCUGAGGUCUCUACUCUAGUGCGAUUGUCAUUA